AUGUCAUCACCCGAUCUGCUCCCGUUUCUAGCCGGAGCUGCUGAAGACAAGCCCUUUCAAUACGCUCCCCACCCAGCUAAUAAUAAUGCAAGCGAGACUGGGAAAUCGCAAAAAACGGCAAAGCGAAGCAACACUUCCUCGUCCAAAGGUCAAAGUACAAGUCGAAACCACCAACAUACAGCUCAUUCCAAUUCCAACAACAACAACAAGUUGCCACGGCAACCCGAACGAGCCACCAGUACGGAUCAACCUCUACGAGCCCCCAACCGCGCCAUGGAGCCAGCGCGGGAUCGUAUCCCCUCGGUCGACGCGUCUCUGGUACAACAACGAGAACAAGUCAUGGCGCAGACUGUAUUUGCCAACAACAAGGAUGAUUCCAGUAAUAUUGCUGCGGAUCAACGGUUAAAGGAUGACUUGCGCAGAGAACAAGAGGAACAAGCUCAGUUGUACGCCGCCAAGAAGAAGAAUCCACGACCGUCCGGCAGUCGAAGAAGUCGGUCUACUACUAGCGGCUCCUCCUACCGGUCUGAUAUUGGUAACCGUACUGCCCAAAAAAGGAACAACAACAAAAGCGACAAUUCCCAGAAAGUUGACGGUGAUGAACGACAAUUAAUGGCAGACAAUUCGGCCAACUCUACUUUGAAACGACGGGAAAAGGUCAUGCGGCAGACUGUGUUUGCCAGCACUACCAACAACGAUGAUGUUGAUGAUGAUAACGAUGAUAUUAAUAUUAGCACAACCGAAGUGGAAGUGGACAUGAAAGCAUCUCUGCGAAGAGAACAACAAGAACAGGCCGAACUGUAUGCGGCCAAGGCAGCGUCCCACCAACGAGAAAUUUUUCACGAUGAACCCAGCGAAAAAGACGAUGACGACCGCACGCCUCCGCCUCCUCCACACCCCCAACGACAAUCACGGACCAGUCUGCUGGUCAUUGAACCGGGAGCCUACGAAGGAUCUCCGGGACUAGGGUUUCGAAGAACACCAUCGGAUUGGAAACAGGAAUUUCGGAGUCGACCUGUGGAAUCGAGGACAUUGCCAUCCUACAAUCAUCGUCGCACCGUUUCGCAAGGAGAGGAUAACUUACCAUCGCAACCCUCCAGUAGUGCUCGUCGUACCGUGCGCGAUGACGAAUUGGUACAAGCACAACCGGUCGAACAAGGAGAUCAUGAUGACGACGAAGAACGUGGUCGAACCUUAUCCAUUGCCACACCGGCCGCACCAGCCGAGCAAUAUAAACAAGAACGAAAACGUCGACGACUCGUCUGGUCGGUGGGAGUGCUGGUGAUUGUAGGCAUCAUCAUAUUUGUUGCGCUGGCCGUGGGGCUCAUUGUGCGAUCGCAGCAACGACAAAAAUCACAAUCAAUAUCGUAUAAGCAGAAAGAUACCUCCGAGACACUGGCACCAACACUGCCCAUCGUGGAAGGGAUCCCCCAAUGGACACUGGACACAAUCCAAAGCAACUCUAGUUCUCCACAAGCAAGGGCAUACCAGUGGCUACUGAAUGAUCCCAACCUGGAUGCGUUCCCAGAAACUCGUCUCCUGCAGAGGUACGCCUUGGCAACUCUGUUCCAUGCAACACAAGGGCCAACCUUGUGGACAAACAAGUCACAUUGGCUGGAUUACAAGAUGGCAGAAUGCAAUUGGUUUCACACAACACCCAUCCAUGAUGCUGAAGAAGGCCUGUCAACUCCCAUACUAAACCACUGCAACCACAAAGGAGACUACACGAGACUGAACCUUGCCGGCAACAACCUAAAUGGCACUGUCCCUGCUGAAAUUGGACUCAUGACAUCACUGGUGGAGAUCCAUUUGGAAGACAACCAAAUCUGGGGCAGUCUUCCCACCCAGAUUGGUCUUCUAUCCAAACUGGACAUUCUUUCCAUCCAAAACAACACCAUGGAACAUUCACUGCCUACUGAGUUAGGACAGCUGUCUUUGCUGAGUCAGCUACAUUUGUUUGAUAAUGAAUUUCAAGGAGAAGUACCCUCAGAAGUUGGCCUACUGACCUAUCUGACUCAACUUCACCUGCAACGCACUCAAAUUGGUGGACAACUUCCAACAGAACUGGGAAACUUGGUUCGUCUGGGGGAGUUCUGGACCUGGAACACAAACUUUACUGGUACACUACCUUCCCAGAUGGGUCAAAUGGUCAGCUUGUCGUCCCUCGCAAUGCACAAUGGAGAGUUGCAAGGGACCAUCCCUACAGAGUUUGGUCUGCUGACCAAUAUGGACUUGAUGCAGAUUGAUGGCCACUUCUUAUCAGGAAGUAUUCCAACAGAGUUUGGCCAGCUGCAGAAGGUGAGACUGCUCACAUUUGGAUCCAACAGCCUUAGCUCAACCAUCCCCACAGAGCUAGGUCUGUUGUCCAAAGCUUUGGGGGUGUUGAGAUUCUUUCAAAACGAAUUGACAGGAAGUGUUCCAGCAGAACUUGGUCAACUGUCAGUUCUGCAAAGAUUGGAACUGGAUGGAAACAAAUUGACCAAAUCUAUUCCCGCCCAGUUGGGUAGAUUGGAGUACCUGGUCCAGUUGUUCCUGGCUAACAACCAAUUUACAGGCUUCCUCCCCAGGGAGAUAGGAACCUUGCCUUACUUGAAAGAAAUCACUCUCCAAUACAACCCCAAGCUGAGUGGGUCAAUACCUGCAGCAUGGGAAGAGCUGGGUAGUGGAUCUUUGGAGGAGCUCUUCUUGACUGGAGUUGAUAUCACUGGGACUAUUCCCUCUGGGUUAUGCAGUCUGGAGCGAAUUGCUAUUGACUGUGAUGACAACAUCUGUGGCUGCGAUUGUGGAAGUUGUAUAUGA